AUCGUGCAAAAAUCGCCACACAACCUGUCUUGUUAACAUUCUGUCGCCGCUAAUUUUAGCUUAUAGUUAUUAACCCACUUAAUUUACAUAACGGGAGCCUCCAGUCACUAGAGGACAAGCGGGAAGGCUUUGUCUAACAAGGUGUCUUAGCGGUGAAAAUGAUGUGGACGUUCGGUGUGUUGGCUGCUCUACAGUUGGUUCCUUUGAUUUGUGGAGUACGGGACAGCCAGCAGACGAUCCGCGAUCAUUUACAACUGGAAGACUUCAUCCCGGUCCAAAGCCAUCCCGUGCUGUCCCACGUGAUCUUUGAAGGUAGCGGGGACAUAGGUGAUUCAUCAGGGGAGAACUACCCCUACAAAGUCACAAAGCCUUUCCCGUCUUCAACAGAGAAACCCAGGGAUAAACAAAGCAGUGUGCCUGGGCAACGAGAUGCUUCCGUCAUCAUUCUGUACAAACCCUCGCCAGCCAUUAUAGUUUUGAUAGUUAUUCUCAUCCUCUUACUAGUAUGCGCACUACUCGUGAUUGGGUAUCUCUGGAGGCGCGUUCGAAUUCUUAAAGAGAAGAAUAGGAAACCACAUCCUACAAAGGGAGAGUUUGACGAGGACGAAUACUCAGUGAUGAUGGACUGGUCUGUCAAUUAAACUGAAUCAGGGACUGCUUGACAGUGCUCUCCAAAGAUCGUGCUCUCCGAUAAGCAAUGCGCGCGAUGAUCUGAGCUCUUCCAGGUCUUGCAGUUUUAAUCAGUAUUGUAAUUUUCUAAAGACGUGCAAGACGAAACUCGGCAUGUAUGAAAACACAACGAUAACAACAAAACAUGGUAUUUUAUUUUCUCUCACUGCUUUGAAAACAAAAUAUUUUCAUAAAGUUACUACAAUAAACGAGUUGCCCAGAA